AGAAACCCAUCCCAAGGAGUCCUUCCCUGGACCCCAUGCAUGUCUUUGUCAGAUCUGACUGCUUAAAAGGAUCCUCCCUCGGCAAAAAUACAAUUUAGUCGCAGAAAAAGCACACAUGGCAAAAGCAAAUCACACACUGGUGUAUGAAUUCAUCCUGGUUGGAUUUGCUGGGUCUCCAGAAUUACAGAUUUUACUCUUCAUUUUCUUCCUGACAGUUUAUUUCAUUACCUUGCUGGGAAAUUUGGGGAUGUUUCUCUUAAUCCAGAUCAACUCUCAGCUUCACACCCCCAUGUACUUCUUCCUUAGUAACCUGUCAUUACUGGACCUUUGCUAUUCUUCUGUGGUCACCCCAAAAAUGUUGAUCAAUUUUGUAAUAGAAAGCAAAACCAUUUCCUUAAGGGACUGUGCAGCACAAAUGUGGUUUUUUGCCUUCUUCGUGGCUGCUGAAUGUUAUCUCCUAACUUCCAUGGCAUAUGAUCGGUAUGUAGCUAUUUCUAAUCCAUUGCUUUAUAUGGUUAUUAUGUCUAGGAAAACCUGUCUAUUACUCUUAGUUCCACCUUGUUUUGCUGGAUUAUUAAAUGCCAUGACACAUACAGUUAUGACCUUCCAAUUAGCUUUCUGCAAAUCCAAGAUCAAUCAUUUCUUCUGUGAUAUCCCUGCUGUGAUAUCCCUCUCCUGCUCUGAGACACAAAUCAACAAGAUGGUGCUAUUUAUCAUGUCCUUCACUUUUGGCGGGCUCAGCGGCAUUUUUAUUAUUAUCUCUUACAUCUAUAUUGUUUGUGCCAUCCUAAGGAUCCAGUCUGUGGAGGGCCAGCGGAAAGCUUUCUCCACCUGUUCCACCCACCUCACUGCUGUUUCCAUCUUGUUUGUCACCCUCUUCUUUAUAUAUGUGCGGCCCAGCCGUACCUUUGUAGCAGACCGAGGCAAGAUGUUUUCUGUAUUUUAUACAGUGGUGAUCCCCAUGUUAAACCCACUAAUUUAUAGCAUAAGGAACAAGGAAGUACAAACUGCUGUAGGCAGGAUGAUCAGAAGGAAGUGACUUUUAUAAACUAAAUUAAGAGUGAUUUUAAGGAAUGAUUUUAAUAUUUUGCUUUUUAUGGAAUAAAGUCUGAUUCUGUAAUAAUCUGAUUCUGUAAUAAUCAUA